UGGCGCGGGCCGCCAUUGCGGAGCGGAGCGGAGCGGGGCCAUGGCGGCCGUGUUCCCGUACCGCGCGGGCUGCGCGCCCGUGCCCAGCCCGCUGGCGCCGCUGCCCGACUACAUGUCUGAGGAGAAGCUGCAGGAGAAGGCCCGCAAGUGGCAGCAGCUGCAGGCGAAGCGCUACGCGGAGAAGAGGAAGUUCGGGUUCGUGGACGCGCAGAAGGAGGACAUGCCGCCCGAGCACGUGCGCAAGAUCAUCCGCGACCACGGCGACAUGACCAACAGGAAGUUCCGGCACGACAAGCGGGUCUACCUGGGGGCCCUGAAGUACAUGCCGCACGCCGUGCUGAAGCUGCUGGAGAACAUGCCGAUGCCGUGGGAGCAGAUCCGAGACGUGCCGGUGCUGUACCACAUCACGGGCGCCAUCUCCUUCGUCAACGAGAUCCCGUGGGUCAUCGAGCCCGUGUACAUCGCGCAGUGGGGGUCCAUGUGGAUCAUGAUGAGACGCGAGAAGAGGGACCGGCGUCACUUCAAAAGGAUGCGGUUCCCCCCCUUCGACGACGAGGAGCCGCCUCUCGACUACGCCGACAACAUCCUGGACGUGGAGCCGCUGGAAGCCAUUCAGCUGGAGCUGGACCCGGAGGAAGACGCCCCCGUGCUGGACUGGUUCUACGACCACCAGCCCCUGAAGGACAACAGGAAGUACGUGAAUGGUUCCACAUACCAGCGCUGGCAGUUCACACUCCCCAUGAUGUCCACCUUAUACCGCCUGGCCAAUCAGCUGCUGACAGAUCUUGUGGAUGACAACUACUUCUAUCUGUUUGACCUGAAGGCCUUCUUCACUUCCAAGGCCCUGAACAUGGCUAUUCCCGGGGGUCCCAAGUUUGAGCCUCUUGUUCGAGACAUUAACUUGCAGGAUGAAGACUGGAACGAAUUCAAUGACAUCAACAAAAUCAUCAUCAGGCAGCCCAUCAGGACAGAGUACAAAAUUGCUUUCCCUUACCUAUAUAACAACCUGCCACAUCACGUGCAUCUGACCUGGUAUCAUACGCCAAAUGUGGUCUUUAUCAAAACAGAAGAUCCGGACUUGCCAGCUUUCUACUUUGAUCCAUUGAUCAAUCCAAUCUCUCACAGGCACUCUGUCAAGAGCCAGGAGCCAUUGCCUGACGAUGAUGAAGAGUUUGAGUUACCAGAGUUUGUGGAACCAUUCCUGAAAGAGACACCACUGUAUACAGACAACACAGCCAACGGCAUUGCGCUGCUGUGGGCCCCUCGGCCGUUCAACCUGAGAUCUGGCAGGACUCGCAGAGCUCUCGACAUCCCGCUGGUCAAGAACUGGUAUCGGGAGCAUUGCCCAGCUGGGCAGCCAGUGAAAGUGAGGGUCUCCUACCAGAAACUGCUGAAAUACUAUGUUCUGAAUGCACUCAAGCACAGACCCCCCAAAGCUCAGAAGAAGAGGUACCUGUUUCGCUCCUUCAAGGCCACAAAAUUCUUCCAGUCAACAAAGCUGGACUGGGUAGAAGUUGGGCUGCAGGUUUGCCGCCAGGGAUACAACAUGCUGAACUUGCUGAUCCACAGAAAGAACCUCAACUAUCUCCAUCUGGACUACAACUUCAAUCUCAAACCAGUCAAGACCCUCACCACCAAGGAAAGGAAGAAGUCUCGUUUUGGUAACGCUUUCCAUCUGUGCAGAGAGGUGCUGCGUCUGACCAAAUUGGUGGUGGAUAGCCACGUCCAGUACAGACUGGGAAACGUGGAUGCAUUCCAGCUGGCUGACGGCUUGCAGUAUAUCUUUGCCCAUGUGGGACAGCUGACAGGGAUGUACAGAUACAAGUACAAACUGAUGAGGCAGAUUCGUAUGUGCAAGGACCUGAAGCAUCUCAUUUACUACAGGUUUAAUACGGGGCCUGUGGGGAAGGGUCCUGGCUGUGGCUUCUGGGCCCCAGGCUGGCGGGUGUGGCUGUUCUUCAUGAGAGGCAUCACUCCGCUGUUGGAGCGGUGGCUGGGCAACCUGCUGGCCAGGCAGUUUGAGGGUCGUCACUCAAAGGGCGUUGCGAAGACUGUCACCAAGCAGCGUGUGGAGUCCCACUUCGACCUGGAGCUGAGAGCCGCAGUUAUGCAUGACAUCCUGGACAUGAUGCCAGAAGGGAUCAAGCAGAACAAAGCCAGGACCAUCUUGCAGCAUUUGAGCGAAGCCUGGCGCUGCUGGAAGGCCAACAUCCCUUGGAAGGUUCCUGGGCUGCCAACUCCCAUUGAAAACAUGAUCCUGAGGUAUGUGAAGGCAAAGGCUGACUGGUGGACUAACACUGCGCACUACAAUCGAGAGCGGAUCCGCCGGGGUGCCACCGUGGACAAGACUGUGUGCAAGAAGAACCUGGGCCGGCUGACCAGGCUGUACCUGAAAGCGGAGCAGGAGAGGCAGCAUAACUACCUGAAGGAUGGUCCCUACAUCACUGCAGAGGAGGCAGUUGCUGUGUAUACCACCACAGUGCACUGGCUGGAAAGUCGGAGGUUUUCACCCAUUCCAUUCCCCCCGCUCUCCUACAAGCAUGACACCAAGCUGCUUAUCCUGGCCCUGGAGAGGCUGAAGGAAGCCUACAGUGUGAAAUCCCGUCUGAAUCAGUCACAGAGAGAAGAGCUGGGUCUGAUCGAACAGGCCUACGAUAACCCCCAUGAAGCGCUGUCCAGAAUCAAGCGACACCUUCUCACCCAGAGAGCCUUCAAGGAGGUGGGCAUUGAGUUCAUGGACCUCUACAGCCACUUGGUUCCUGUUUACGAUGUUGAGCCCUUGGAGAAGAUUACAGAUGCCUAUCUGGAUCAGUACUUGUGGUAUGAGGCUGACAAGCGAAGACUCUUCCCUCCGUGGAUCAAACCAGCUGACACUGAACCUCCCCCACUGUUGGUAUACAAGUGGUGCCAAGGCAUUAACAACCUGCAGGAUGUCUGGGAAACCAGCGAGGGUGAAUGCAACGUGAUGCUGGAGUCUCGAUUUGAGAAGAUGUAUGAGAAGAUUGACUUGACACUGCUCAACAGGCUCUUGCGUCUCAUUGUUGAUCAUAACAUUGCUGACUACAUGACGGCCAAGAACAACGUGGUGAUCAACUACAAGGACAUGAAUCACACCAAUUCCUAUGGGAUUAUUCGGGGCCUGCAGUUUGCUUCCUUUAUUGUUCAGUAUUACGGGCUGGUGAUGGACCUCCUGGUGCUGGGGCUUCACCGAGCUAGUGAGAUGGCUGGCCCACCCCAGAUGCCAAAUGACUUCCUCAGCUUCCAAGACAUUGCCACAGAGGUGGCCCAUCCCAUCCGCCUCUUCUGCAGAUACAUUGACCGAAUUCACAUCUUUUUCAGGUUUACGGCAGAUGAGGCGAGGGACUUGAUCCAGCGCUACCUGACCGAGCAUCCCGACCCCAACAAUGAGAACAUUGUGGGCUACAACAACAAGAAGUGCUGGCCCCGUGACGCCCGCAUGAGGCUUAUGAAGCAUGAUGUGAACCUGGGCCGUGCUGUGUUCUGGGACAUCAAGAACCGCCUGCCUCGCUCAGUCACUACCGUGCAGUGGGAGAACAGCUUUGUUUCAGUCUAUAGCAAAGACAACCCCAAUCUCCUGUUUAACAUGUGCGGCUUUGAGUGCCGAAUCCUGCCCAAAUGCCGCACCAGCUAUGAGGAGUUCACGCACAAGGACGGUGUGUGGAACUUGCAGAAUGAGGUGACUAAGGAACGCACUGCUCAGUGCUUCCUGCGCGUGGAUGAUGAGUCGAUGCAGAGGUUUCACAACCGUGUGCGGCAGAUCCUCAUGGCUUCCGGCUCCACGACCUUCACUAAGAUCGUGAACAAAUGGAACACAGCCCUGAUCGGCCUGAUGACCUAUUUCCGGGAGGCUGUCGUGAACACGCAGGAGCUGCUUGACCUGCUGGUGAAGUGUGAGAACAAGAUUCAGACCCGGAUCAAGAUCGGCCUGAACUCCAAGAUGCCGAGCCGCUUCCCCCCUGUGGUGUUCUACACCCCCAAGGAGCUGGGCGGGCUGGGCAUGCUGUCCAUGGGCCACGUCCUCAUCCCCCAGUCUGACCUGAGGUGGUCCAAGCAGACAGACGUGGGCAUCACUCACUUCCGCUCAGGAAUGAGCCAUGAGGAGGACCAGCUGAUUCCAAAUCUGUACCGCUACAUCCAGCCAUGGGAGAGCGAGUUCAUUGAUUCGCAGAGGGUGUGGGCAGAAUAUGCACUCAAGAGGCAGGAAGCUAUUGCCCAGAACAGGCGUCUGACACUGGAGGAUCUGGAGGACUCGUGGGACAGGGGAAUUCCUCGCAUUAACACUCUUUUCCAGAAAGACCGUCACACUCUAGCUUACGAUAAAGGCUGGAGGGUCAGGACAGACUUCAAACAGUACCAGGUCCUGAAACAGAACCCCUUCUGGUGGACUCAUCAGCGCCAUGACGGGAAGCUUUGGAACUUGAACAACUACCGCACAGACAUGAUCCAGGCACUGGGCGGAGUGGAGGGGAUCCUGGAGCACACCCUCUUCAAGGGGACCUACUUCCCCACCUGGGAGGGUCUUUUCUGGGAGAAGGCGAGUGGCUUUGAGGAGUCCAUGAAGUGGAAGAAGCUGACGAAUGCCCAAAGAUCGGGUUUGAACCAGAUCCCCAACAGAAGGUUCACCCUGUGGUGGUCUCCCACCAUUAACAGAGCUAACGUCUAUGUCGGUUUCCAAGUGCAGCUGGAUUUGACUGGAAUCUUCAUGCACGGCAAGAUCCCCACGCUGAAGAUCUCCCUCAUUCAGAUCUUCCGAGCCCACUUGUGGCAGAAGAUCCAUGAGAGCAUCGUAAUGGAUUUGUGUCAGGUGUUUGAUCAGGAGCUGGAUGCCCUGGAGAUCGAGACCGUGCAGAAGGAGACCAUCCACCCCAGGAAGUCCUAUAAGAUGAACUCCUCCUGUGCAGACAUCCUUCUCUUCGCCUCCUACAAAUGGAACGUGUCACGGCCAUCACUGCUCGCAGACUCCAAGGAUGUGAUGGACAGCACCACCACUCAGAAAUACUGGAUUGACAUCCAGCUGCGCUGGGGAGAUUACGACUCCCAUGAUAUCGAGCGCUAUGCGAGAGCCAAGUUCCUGGAUUACACCACAGACAACAUGAGCAUCUACCCUUCUCCCACUGGUGUGCUUAUUGCCAUCGACUUGGCCUACAACCUGCACAGCGCUUAUGGAAACUGGUUCCCUGGGAGCAAGCCCCUGAUCCAGCAGGCCAUGGCCAAGAUCAUGAAGGCCAACCCUGCCCUGUACGUGCUGAGAGAGCGUAUCCGCAAGGGGCUGCAGCUGUACUCCUCCGAGCCCACGGAGCCCUACCUCUCCUCCCAGAACUAUGGGGAACUCUUCUCUAACCAGAUCAUCUGGUUUGUGGAUGACACCAACGUGUACAGAGUCACCAUCCACAAGACCUUUGAAGGGAACUUGACCACGAAGCCCAUCAAUGGGGCCAUUUUCAUCUUCAACCCCAGGACAGGGCAGCUCUUCCUGAAGAUCAUUCACACUUCCGUAUGGGCAGGACAGAAGCGUCUGGGCCAGCUGGCAAAGUGGAAGACCGCUGAAGAAGUGGCUGCCCUGAUUCGCUCCCUCCCUGUGGAGGAGCAGCCCAAGCAGAUCAUUGUCACCAGGAAGGGCAUGCUGGACCCUCUCGAGGUGCACUUGCUGGACUUCCCCAACAUUGUGAUCAAAGGCUCGGAGCUGCAGCUGCCCUUCCAGGCCUGCCUGAAAGUGGAGAAGUUUGGGGACCUCAUCCUGAAGGCUACUGAGCCGCAGAUGGUUCUGUUCAACCUCUACGAUGACUGGCUGAAAACAAUCUCCUCCUACACGGCCUUCUCACGUCUGAUUCUGAUUCUCCGGGCACUGCACGUGAACAAUGACCGAGCCAAAGUGAUCCUGAAGCCAGACAAGACCACCAUAACAGAGCCGCACCACAUAUGGCCCACCCUGACAGACGAGGAGUGGAUCAAGGUGGAGGUGCAGCUCAAGGACCUGAUCCUUGCAGACUAUGGCAAGAAAAACAAUGUGAAUGUGGCGUCCCUGACACAGUCAGAAAUUCGAGAUAUCAUCCUGGGCAUGGAGAUCUCUGCCCCCUCUCAGCAGCGGCAGCAGAUUGCGGAGAUUGAGAAGCAAACCAAGGAACAGUCACAGCUGACAGCCACGCAGACCCGAACCGUCAACAAGCAUGGCGACGAGAUCAUCACUUCCACGACCAGCAACUACGAAACCCAGACCUUCUCCUCCAAGACAGAGUGGCGAGUCAGAGCGAUCUCUGCUGCCAACCUCCACUUGAGAACAAACCACAUCUACGUCUCAUCUGACGACAUCAAGGAAACAGGCUACACCUACAUCCUCCCCAAGAACGUGCUGAAGAAGUUCAUCUGCAUCUCUGACCUGCGGGCCCAGAUUGCGGGGUACCUGUAUGGAGUGAGCCCUCCAGAUAACCCCCAAGUGAAGGAGAUCCGGUGCAUUGUGAUGGUGCCCCAGUGGGGAACUCACCAGACUGUGCAUCUCCCUGGCCAGCUGCCACAGCACGAGUACCUCAAGGAAAUGGAGCCCCUGGGGUGGAUUCACACUCAGCCAAACGAGUCGCCUCAGCUCUCCCCACAGGACGUCACCACCCACGCCAAGGUCAUGGCUGACAACCCCUCUUGGGACGGGGAGAAGACCAUCAUCAUUACCUGCAGCUUCACCCCCGGCUCCUGCACGCUGACGGCCUACAAGCUGACUCCCAGCGGCUACGAGUGGGGCAGGCAGAACACGGACAAGGGCAACAACCCCAAGGGCUACCUGCCUUCCCACUACGAGCGGGUGCAGAUGCUGCUGUCGGACCGCUUCCUUGGCUUCUUCAUGGUGCCAGCGCAGGGCUCCUGGAACUACAACUUCAUGGGUGUCCGUCACGACCCCAACAUGAAGUACGAGCUGCAGCUGGCAAACCCCAAGGAGUUCUACCACGAGGUCCAUCGCCCCUCGCACUUCCUCAACUUCGCCCUGCUGCAGGAGGGGGAGGUCUACUCGGCAGACAGGGAGGAUCUCUACGCGUAGCCCCCGGCCCGCAAGGACUCAGUGCUGUUGAUAUUCAACAGCGCGUUCCAGGCCCCGGGCCAGCUGGCUGUCGGGGCGCCCUCGUCUCGUGUAGCUCGUGUUUGCUGCUUUUUAGAUGCUUCUGUGUCCAGUCCGUGCCGGCCGGGCGCGUGCGAAGCGUGUACCAGUUUUGGAUGUUCUUUGUAGUUUCAGAGAAUGGCUCAAUAAAUUUUAUAUCCAUGGGA